UACUCUCCAAGCAGAGACAGAGAACCAGACAGGGACGUCUUUGUAACUCUUCACUCAACAAGAUUGGGAACAAGAGGACUUUAAAAAAACACCAGCUUCCCAAAAACCAAACACACCCCAAAAAAAAAAAACAGAGAGAGAGAGAGAGCUUUUUAGGCUUUAGCAAUGGUGGCCGGGAAGGUGAAGAUGGCAAUGGGCUUUCAGAAAUCGCCGGCGCAUUCGAAGCCAGAACCGCCGCUGAAGCCGCCGUCGCCGUCUCCGAGCUCGACGGCGAAGGUGUCUUCGGUUUUCUCUAGAUCCUUCGGCGUCUACUUCCCCCGAUCCUCCGCUCAGGUCCAGCCCAAGCCACCGGACGUGACGGAGCUCCUCCGCCUUGUAGAGGAGCUCCGAGAGAGAGAGUCCCGAUUAAAGACCGAGCUUCUCGAGCACAAGCUGCUGAAGGAGUCCGUCGCCAUUGUUCCGGUCCUCGAGAACGAGAUUUCCAGCAAAGAAGCCGAGCUCGAGAGAGCUUCGAAGCGAGUCGAAGGCUUGGAGGCCGAUAACGGGAGGCUGAGAAAGGAAAUGGAGGAAAUGAAGGUGAAGAUUGAGGAAGAGAGGAGAGAAAGUGAAGAUAAGGUGAAGAGAAUGGAAGCUGAAAUCGCGGAGUUGAGGAAAAAGGUUUCGGAACGCAGCCGGGCGGAGGUUUCGGCGGAAAGCGACGAGCUUUCGUCGUCGCAGAGGUUUCAGGUGCUAAUGGAAGUUUCUGGAAGGUCGAAUCUGAUCAAGAACUUGAAGAGAGGGGUUAAGUCGACGGAAGCGGGCGCGAACCAGGAGAUUCAGAGUCAGAAACUGGAAGCUUCGGAUUCGAAGAGAUAUCUGGAACUAAGUCAUGAUCAAAGCGAGAGAUCAAGGCACUCGAGGUGUAACUCGGAGGAACUCGUCGAGUCCUUCCACUCGGUCCUCUCCAACGUCAGAUCUCGCGUUCCUAGGGUUCCGAAACCGCCUCCGAGACCGUCGUCUUUGUCUUCAUCACCGUCGAAUUCAUCAACCGGAGAAUGUGCUUCUGGCUCAUCGGAAAACAGAGCUUCACCGGAGCAAACGAUUCCGGCGCCUCCACCGCCUCCACCUCCGAUAAAGUCUGUUCCUCCACCACCACCUCCGCCAUCGAAAGCUGCUCCUCCUCCUCCACCUCCUCCGAAGAGUUUGAAGCCGAUGCCGGCGAAGGUGAGAAGAGUGCCGGAGGUGGUGGAGUUUUACCAUUCUUUGAUGCGUAGGGAUUCCCGGCGGGAAUCCAACGUUCCCGACGUACCGGCAACAGCCAAUGCCCGAGACAUGAUCGGAGAGAUUGAGAACCGGUCCACGCACUUGCUCGCUAUAAAAACGGAUGUGGAAACACAGGGCGAUUUCAUUAGGUUUUUAAUAAAAGAAGUGGAGAAUGCCGCUUUUACAGACAUUGUGGAUGUUGUGCCUUUUGUCAAAUGGCUCGACGAUGAACUCUCCUACCUGGUGGACGAGAGGGCGGUGCUGAAGCACUUCGAUUGGCCGGAGCAAAAGGCCGACGCCCUGCGCGAGGCUGCAUUUGGGUAUUGUGAUCUGAAGAAGCUUGAAUCCGAGGCGUCGUCGUUUUGCGACGACCCUCGGCAGCCAUGUGGCCCGGCUCUGAAGAAGAUGCAAGCUUUGCUUGAAAAAUUGGAGCAUGGUGUGUACAAUCUCUCGAGGAUGAGAGAAUCCGGGACAAAGAGAUACAAAAACUUCCAAAUUCCAACGGAUUGGAUGCUCGAUUCUGGAUAUGUGAGCCAGAUCAAGCUGGCAUCGGUAAAAUUGGCAAUGAAGUACAUGAAGAGAGUGUCAGCCGAGCUUGAGGCGGUUGGUGGCGGCCCCGAAGAGGAAGAGCUGAUUGUCCAAGGAGUUAGAUUUGCCUUCCGAGUUCAUCAGUUUGCCGGGGGAUUUGAUGUGGAAACAAUGAGAGGUUUCCAGGAGCUGAGAGAUAAAUCAUGCCAUAUACAAUGCCAAAGCCAGCAACAACACAAAUUAGUAUGCUAGGUUCUACACCUUGCUAGGAACAAAAAAAAUACCAUUUGUAGCAAACUCAGCUUCAGAAAUUGCUCUGAUUCUUUGACCUCCCAUCUAAAUUUGUUGUAAAGAUACAAGAUUGUGUUUGUGAAUAUAAUGGCUGCAGCCACUUUAGCUUCAAGAUAAUUUUUUUUAUU